AUGGCCGCAAAGAAGGCCGACGACAGGCCCUGGCAUCGAGAGAGCGGGAGCAAGCAGUAUAAAGUGACGUCGCCCGAUCCUUCGGGAGGCGACGAGUCAAAGGGGAGACUCCUGACGACACCUACACGCUUGCUCAAGCUUAUCCUGCCCAUGCCGUUCCAUCCCGAGCAAGAGACUAUCAACGAAGCCGAGGACGCAAGACGCGACCACCAGAAAAUUGGCAAAAAUGGCAAAAAGGCUGAGGCGCUGGCGCUGCUGGUACACCCCCAACAACCGCUAUCGUACCUCGAGCGCUUGAUCCAGGCGGAGAUACCCCCUCUGAAUGUCAAUGGGCGCGAGAAGCUUCCCGACAUCAUCUUUCGAGCCGAGGCCGACCACGAAGAGUCUUCGAGCAGAUCCGGCAGCGAGGGGAAGAGUAACGUGGCGUCAUAUUCAGGUCUCGGCCACGAGGGCCCUGCAAAGGACAACGAGGCGAACUGGGUUCGAUGGAGCGGCAGCACCGAAGUGGGCGACUUUAUCCGGGAUGCUGCGCGCGGAAGAGAGUUUGCCAUCAACAUUGAGGGCUACAACAAGGAGCUGCGGGUGGCGGUGCCCAGCUUCAAGGAUCGGACGUAUUACAUGCGGCUGCAGCUGCGGCGAAUGUCCAAAGAGAUUGACGAGUUGGCCAAGAUCAAGGCCGAGUGCGACCUGACUGCCCACAAGGGGGCUCACCGCCUGGCGCAGGGAGGAUUUGCGGCCCUGGCGAGUUGGUGGUGUGUUGUCUACUAUGUGACCUUUCACACGGAUUUCGGGUGGGAUCUGGUUGAGCCGAUUACCUACCUGGCUGGGCUUACGACGAUUAUGGGAGGAUACUUGUGGUUCCUGUUCAUCAGCAGGGAUCUGAGCUACAAGGCGGCGAUGAAUGUGACGGUGUCGAGGAGGCAGCAUGCGCUAUAUCAGGAGCGCGGGUUUGAUCCGCAGAAGUGGGAGCAUCUCCUGCACGAGGCAAAUGCAUUGCGGCGGGAGAUUAAAGCCGUGGCGAUGGAGUAUGGCGUGGACUGGGAUGAGAUGAAGGAUCUGGGCGGGAAGCAGGUGAAGAAGGUGUUGGAGAAGGAGAAGAAUGGCAAGAAGAACGAGGUGGAGGAGGAGGGCAAGGAUGUGGAGGAUGUGGAGGUGGAGAAGAAGAGCAAUGAGGAGCGGGAGUUGAACAAGGGGAAUUGA